AUGACCACCCGCGAAGAAAUAGUCCUCCCUCCCAUUGAUCCCUCCAUCCCCGAUGAGAAUGAUUGGUGGGAGUUUGGUCUGUCUGAGGUCAAGGUCUUGCGACCAGGGAAGAUGCUCUAUGCCAACUUACUUGAUGCCAAUGAAAACAACCCCGUGCAGGUGAUUGGUCAGCUAGAUCUGAAGCCAAAUCAAGAACAUCUAGUGCUCGACCCCGAAGCCUUAUCUAAACGAAUUGUCAUCGACGAUGUCACCCAUUAUGCUUACGGCCAGACCGAGGAUCGCAGUGUCGAGCUCUGGGUAGCCGGCAAGGCGGGCUGGUAUCGAAUCUCACCUGCAAAGGGCUACUUGCCCACCUUCAAUCGCAUGGUGCAGGCCGUGGACAUGUAUUACUUCCUGAUGGACAGGCACCAACAUGGAAAGAAACAACUGAACCCCUCAUUCAGAAACCUCUGCGAGCAAUAUGUCUUCCACACCCAUGGCGACUGCGAGACCAGAGAGGGUUCGGCUGAGAUUUUUACAAAACAUGGGGCUUUCUUGCUACGAUGCAUGAUCGAGGAUGAUGAGGAUAUGGACUGGAACAAGACCAAUGUCUUCAUCCAUCUUCGCCGACAAUUCAAAGAUGAAUACAAGAAGAUCAUGGAACGUAUUUCACCAGACUCCGAAAAAGACGACGAAGAAGAAUCCGAGCCCGAGGUUGCCACGCCUCGGCACAAUCCAGCAGCAAUCGCCAAGUCACAGACCGAUGCUGUUUGCCAAAUGAUACUGGCCCUCAAAGAUGAAGGUCAUCUAGCAAAACGCCGAUUACAUCUAGAUCUGCUGUCUGAGCGAUUAUCUGAACAUUACUCAUUCAGCAAAGAGAAUGCUCAUAAAAUAAUCGCUGCAAGAGCAAAUGCUGUGCUUGAGAAGUUAGAGGAAGAUGAGAAUUCCGAUGUUCGGUGGUCACGCUAUGUCAUCCACCGAGAACUGACACAUGCCGCCUCACAAUCCGAGCCUUUACCCCCUGGUCUUCUCACGCCACUGCAUUCCAUCGAAGACUCCAGCGAUGAUGAUGAAGGUCUCACCCGAACCCAGAAAUCCGUGCUGCGGCCCAAGAGUGCCCACGUUUCUGCCAAAGUAAUGGGUAAACGGAAUCGAAAUGCAGCGGUAAACCAGCAGACCACGGAGUCUGGCAAUGAAGAAGAGAAUUAUGAUGAUGACGAUGAUGACCCAGACGCCAUGUCCGACGUGGAAACACCCAGCAAGAUCCGCGGCCAUGAGCUAAUUCGAACUCCUUUGGCAUCGGCAAAACCCCGAACCAGAUCCUUUAUAGCCAAAUCCGGCCCUGCAGCUUCUCUCCUGCAGACCAUGCUCCAGGAUGCCACUCGACCCCCUACUACUACCCUUGCAUCCACCAUGAGCAUUGAAACUUCCGAUCAAGGAGGCAUCCCACCCCUCCCUGAAUUGAAUGGCCAUUUCGAUCCCGAAUCAGAACCCGAGCAUCACGCUCAAUCCGAGCCGGAAAUUUGGGCAUGCCGCAUGGUCGGCUGUCCUAAGCAAAUCACCACCAAGGGAGCGGAACGACAGAAAGAGAUUGAAGUCCACGCUGGCGAGCAUGACUGGGAAACUCAGAUGCGAGUUGAGCUCGUGGAAACGGAGCAACGAAUGCAUACGGCUUUGCCCGUUAGCAAUCUCAUGAAGUAUCUAAUCAGUCAGCAUUACCAACAGAUGCGUGAAGCAUUCCCUGAGGUUUACUCUGUGGAAGAAGUCGAGGUCUAA